CGCUUUAACAGACAACACUCUGCAGGCUUGCUAUGGUAAUGGUUUUGAGGACUUUUUAACACCUUCGUGUUCUUCCGGCGAAAAAAUAUAUAUUUAUGACGUGUUUGUGUACGCCAAGCACAGGUCACUCAACUGUCCCACUAUAGCCACAUCUCUAGACAGAAAUAUCACAUACUGCUGCAAUUAUGUCAGCCAGAAAGAGGACUGUGGACAAAGAUAUUUUGGAACCGCAAGCGAUUUUGAACAUGCACAUUAUUCGCGAUGUACGGGGUUGGCAACGUGUGGCGGAAUACAAGUAGCAUGGAACUACACAGAACAUUUCUGCAAUACAACUAUUUUUGCCGAAAGGACGAAUUACAUGAAAAUGUGGUAUAAUUGCAUACCAGAUUCCUCUUCACUUUCUAUUAACUCGGUGUCUACGCUAACAGCGGAUGCAGUGUUCCUCUUCAGCGAAAAUUAUCCAUCGAUGAUGUCCGAGUGUUCGACUACAUCCGGCGCCACAUGUAGAGUACAGAUAUCCGAUGGGUCUCCAGUGCAAAUAACCGCUCUUGACAUCCAACUUAGUGAAACGUCUGGAAUCUGUCAACAAAGAAUUUACAUUACUGAUGGAUCCACGAAUAGUGAAAUUACUUGUGAGAAUAAUAAUGACUUUGUUAAGAAAGUUGUCUUUACAAGUUCAAGUAGCGCAAUUGAAAUCAGAUUAGAUAACACAGAUACUACAACUGCUGGGAAAUUCUGGAUUCAAAUUGAAGCCACUCAAAGUUCAGGACGUGUCGAUAUCGAAUGUAAAAACGCCACCGCUUUGUUUGGUUGCGGAUCUUCCAUAGCACUGUCUAAUAGCACUUCUACCGCAGAUUCUUUAUCAACUAACACAACAGACAGCACAAGAACCGCCUACUCAGUUCAGAUUAACUCUACAAAUUCUGAAAACUUCAGUUCUUCUACUAAUUUUGUUUCUACGUCUAGUGUUGAAGAGACAUCCAUAACAACAGCGUCAUCAGCUGUGGCAGAGACAUCAACGACUCCUAAUUCGAACACUUUCUCAACAAAGCAGGACUCAACGUCAACGGACAGUUCCCUUGAUAUAAGCUGGGUGCUUACUAUUUUCCCGGGAGCUAUAGGCAGUGGUGUAUUAUUUGGAUCCAUAGCGUACGCUUUGAAUAGGUGCAAGAAAAGGUUUACUCAAAUGAAGGUUACGCCCAGGAGAUGAAUGGGUUUCAAAGAAUGGUUCUAUAACAAAGAUGGAGAAGGCCAGGGUUUUUAAGUUUUUUAGCAGUGCACGAAUCUGUGAUAAAAUUGUACAUGCACUUGUUUUUCGGUCAUUCUUAUUAUUGUUUGCUAUGUUUAUUAUUCAUGGUUAUA